CGAACAUUACAGCGCGGCGCUGGAUCUCGCGCACACUCGUUCCGUCCCUCUGUUCAUGUCGUCCGCGCCGACAUCCACCACGUCCUCGGGUGGCAAUGUAUCGCCGCGCUUGAGUCGCAUGAGCUCGUCGUCGGGUGCCUUCUCGACGCAGUCGCUGCAGGGGUUUCGCACUGUGUCAUUGCCCGGUCUGUUCCCCGGUACCCACUUGGGCAUUUUGGCCUCGGGGCUACUGGAUAAACGUCGCGACGGGGCCGUGCGUGGCGGAUGGGCCAAGCGUCUCUUCAUCUUGUCCACACGCAGCCUGCAUUAUUAUCGCAAGGUGGAGGAGUCGGAGCUUUUUGGCAAGGAGCGCGGCCAGGUGCUACUCUCAGAUAUCGGCUAUGCCAAGGUCGUGAUGCCUGACGACGCCCCAGCAGGGUCUGUGGAACCUGGUCACGCGUCGUUCUUUGUUGGAGUGCUAUCGAAACGGAAAACGCUGCUGCUGUUCCUGCGUGCCGACUCGUUCGAGUAUGCCAGCAGCUGGGUUAGUGUUGUGAAUAACGCAGUGCACACAGGAAAAGGCGUUAAUUUCGCCCCACGAUGGACAGUGGAGACCAUGCAGACGUUCAUCUCAGCUGCGUCCGGCAACUUUGAAGAGAUGGAGGCUGCAGCAACGACAGAAUCACCAACGGAGCGCUCGAUCCCUACAGUGCUUGUUGUUAGUAUUGUUUCGGGUCCUUUAAGCGGUCCUACCAUGACAGAAAGGCUUGUCAAGCGCAAUGUCGAGCUGAACACGGAACUCCAAUUGGGUUCAUUCGAGCAAAAGGACACAUGCGUAUUAGUGCUGAGUAAUGGCGAAGAGCUCCAUAUUCCACAACGGUUGCUCGGAGGAGGCGAUGCCAGCAAACUACUUAUGACUUCUAAGCAAAUUGAACUGACAACCCCUGCUCGUUGUCAACCGCUACGACCACACAUCGUGUUCAUGUCCAAAGUUUUUGUUUCUUUCCGGUGCGUACGAGCUCCACGUGUGCAAAUAUCCCGACGAGACUCUGGUCCCCAGCCAGUAAUGUCGUCGCUGCCUUCAACAUUCACAGUGGCGUUUCCCGGCACACUCGGUGGUCUCUUUCUGAUAAGUUGUCUGGUCUCGUUCUACUGCGCUACACCUUUCGUUGGCUUGAUGAAGAUCACAAUCGUUCUUGGUUUGAUUCUCUCCGUGUCACAGAUCACUCAGUUUAUUAUCUGCUUAUCAGAAACACAGAGCCACAAGCGGUUGAGUCCGGUAUUGUCCCCGAUUGGAGGAUCCAGAAAAGCUGUGGCUGCUGUGGGCAACGAGCUCCUGUUCCAUUUGACAGUCGACAAGAUCGAAGUGAUUGAAGCAGAUCAAGACAAGGAGCCGGCUCUAUCCGACACGGCAUCACCAGUAUCAGACGUCGACGGAGUUAUCGAGACGGAAACCAACGCGAUCAGUGGCGGGCCGAUCGCGUUCUCACCUCGAUUUAUUGCAGCGGAAAAGGGUGACGAAAGAAAAGGUCACGCAAGAUACUUAGCUACACUGGAGUGGCGCGAGGUGAACAACAUUGACAAUAUCUUGGUGACACCGCACACGACUUUCGACACUAUCAAGAAGUAUUAUCCGCAAUAUUUCCACGGCAAGACGCGCGACGGACUGCCCGUAUACUAUGAACGCCCCGGUAAAAUCGACCUUACAGCUCUUAAGCGUGAAGGACUUUCGAUUGAUGAUCUACUGCGUCACUACAUGUACAUUACGGAGUAUCUUUGGCGAGUAGUGGAGCCUAACGACUCCGGCCGAUCGAUCACAGUGCUGGAUGUGACAGGUAUCGGCAUGUACGACCUUGGAGGAGAAGUUCUGGACUUCAUCAAGCGUGCCUCGGCGUUUACUGGUGCACACUAUCCCGAGCGCAGUGCCCACAUUUUCAUCAUAAACAUUCCCGGCUGGUUCAACAUGAUCUGGCGCAUGGUGAAGCCCAUGAUCGACCCAGUCACUCGCGAAAAGGUCCAUAUGCUGAAGGGUAGCGCGAUUCUGAAGGAACUGGAGACGCUGAUCGAUCCAGAAAACAUCCCGUCGGACUUUGGCGGUGAGGGUGUAGCGCUAGGAGACUCGGACGAAGAGCACGCGCUAGCUGCACACGUGAAAAAAUAUCUGUGA